AUGGACAAAGUACAAUAUCAACUUGAAUCCACCCUUCCCGAACUUAAAGAUCUACACGAAAAAGGAUUAUUCUCCAAGAACGAAAUUGAUGAAAUCACAAGAAGGAGAACUACUUUUGAGACCGCUUUGAUAAGACGUAAAACUAGAAAAGAAGAUUAUUUCCGGUAUGCAGAGUAUGAGAUCAAUUUGGAAGUUUUGAGACGGAUACGAUGGAAGAGAUUAAAAUACGACAGAAAUCCUCCUCCUCCAAGUAUUUCGACUUAUUCUCUACCGCGAAGAACAUUAUAUAUAUUAAAAAGAGCCACUGUGAAAUUUCCUUCCGAUCUGGCCGUAUGGCUUGCAUAUAUCGAAUAUGCAAGUAGGGAAGGGAUGAGGAAGGUUGUAGCUAAGGGAUUAAAUAAUGCGCUUCAACAACAUCCACUGUCUCCCACUCUCUAUCUCCUCUCAUCUUAUCAUCACCUUCAUCCUAACUCCCCCUUCCCUUCCAUCACUUCGUCUAACAAACCAACAUCCUCCUCCGAUCCUAAUGACCCCGCCUCCUCCUCUUCAUCGUUCUCCCUCGAGGGAGUCUCCCAAGCUCGUACCACACUCCUCCUAGGUCUUCGUCUCCUUCCUCAAUCCCGCGACUUAUGGAGAGAAUACAUCAAACUCGAACAUGGCUGGGUAGAAGCAUUACGUCGACGUUGGAAACUUCUCGGUCUGAAAGAUGCCCCUACUUCAUCUACAAAUAUUGAUGAUUCCGCUUUGGUAGGUGGCGAAGGAGCCUUCGGACCAGAAGGGGAAGACGCAAGGAAAGCUAUUCUAAAUGGUCAAUUGGUCGUCCAUGCUCUCACUUCGGCAUUAGAAGCUAUUCCAGCGAAUACCAAAGAUGGACAAGAAGGUGACGGACUUUCAUUCCGGCACACUCUCCUCGUUCUGCUCAGAACUUACCCCAGUCCAUUGAGAAAGAAAGCUUUAGGGGUGGUAUAUGAGGAACUUGGUCGUGUUUCAGUUGGUACAGGAGAGUUGGCAGCAAGAGCGAGGAUGAUGGUGAUCACUUCACCGCUCUUCGAUAGACCGUACGAUUCCGUACAGAAUGAGUUGGAAGGUGUUGAGCUGGUUGAAGCGUUGGGUAAAGUUGGUAAAGAGAUUUUGAAUGAGACAAAAAAAAGGAAAGGGGCUACUUCCUGGUUGGCUGUUUCAGGUGAUUGGGUGAUAGAGCAGAUUAAGGAACAUCUACAAGAGACAGAACUGGUAUGUGCACCCCCACCAACCCAAUUCACAUAG